AGCAGGAUAUGUGUCUGAGUCUAAGUUUAGACGCAGCAGCAGCAGAGUGAGCCUCUCCAUGGAUCUGGACGGGCUCCACAGUCCGCUCGGACCUCACCUCUGACCGAGCGCCUCCUCCAGACUCCACCGAGCGCAGAGAGCACCCCAGGAACCAGCCACCCGCUCAGGACAUGUCCUCCCCCAGCCAGCACGGGGGCACCACCAGGAGCACCAUGACCCCCGACCACAAGAAGCCCACCCCCGAGGCCCUGAAGGGGGCGAUCCAGCUCGGGAUCGGGUACGCUGUCGGGAACCUGAGCUCCAAACCCGACCGGGACGUGCUCAUGCAGGACUUCUCUGUGGUGGAGAGCGUCUUCCUGCCCAGCGCGGGCAGCAGUCUCACCCCUGCGCACAAGUUCCCAGACUUCAGACUGAAGACGUACGCUCCUCUGGCCUUCCGCUACUUCAGAGAGCUGUUUGGGAUCAAGCCUGACGACUACCUGUACUCUCUGUGUAAGGAGCCCCUGAUCGAGCUGUCCAACCCCGGGGCCAGCAGCUCCUGGUUCUACCUGACGAGCGACGACGAGUUCAUCAUCAAGACCGUCCAGCACAAGGAGGCCGAGUUCCUCCAGAAGCUGCUCCCCGGGUACUACAUGAACCUGAACCAGAACCCUCGCACUCUUCUGCCUAAGUUCUACGGUCUGUACUGCGUGCAGUGUGGGGGCGUGACCCUGCGUCUGGUCGUGAUGAAUAACGUUCUUCCUCGCGCCCUGCACAUGCACUACAAGUACGACCUGAAAGGCUCCUCCUACAAACGCCGAGCCAAUCGCAAAGAGCGCGCCAAAGCCUCGCCCACCUACAAAGACCUGGACUUCAGAGACAUGCACCAGGGAAUCUACCUCCAAGCGGACAACUACCAGGCCCUGAUGAGGACGCUGGAGCGGGACUGUCGGGUGCUGGAGAGCUUUAAGAUCAUGGACUACAGUUUGCUGUUGGGGGUCCACGUCCUGGAGAAGCGUCCUCUCCACAGAGGGACACGUCCUGACAGUCGUAAACAGAAGGUGCUCUACUCCACGGCCCUGGAGUCCAUCCAGGGGACGGUCAAGGACCCGGAGCCUGUGGCCGACGACGACACGCUGGGAGGGAUUCCUGCCAAACACAAAGAUGAAAACCUGCUCAUCUUUUUAGGAAUCAUCGACAUCCUGCAGUCGUACAGGCUGAUUAAGAAGGUGGAGCACUCCUGGAAGGCGCUGGUGCACGACGGGGACACGGUGUCGGUGCACAGGCCGAGCUUCUACGCAGACAGGUUCCUCAAGUUCAUGAGCUCGACGGUGUUCUGGAAACUGCAGCCUCUGCGAGGCGCCUCGUCUAAGAGGAAGCGCUCUCUUCACGUCGCUAAGUCUGCGUCGCAGGAGGUGCUGUGCAGUCACACUGAGGAGAGAAGGAGCGACAAGAAGGCCCAGAGUCUGGAGCAGCUCGAGUGCGACUUGUCCGUCUCUGGUCAACAGCCCGACCUCCUGCCCAGACCCACAGUUUCCUUCCUCUGCAGAAACGACAGUGAAGCGCGGCGUGCCUCCAGCUCCACCAUCGCCCUGGACGCUCCUCUGGCCUCUCUGAGCUGCAGCCAAUCAGACGACGAGCUGGACGUGUACCUGGUGAGACGCCGUGAUGACCAUCGUGUGACCCCCUGACCCUCGUCCCAGACCCUCGUCCCAGACCCUCGUCCCUCGUCCUUCUCAACACUACAGACCUGGGGCCCCUGUGCUGCUGUGGCCCCGGGCUCCUCGUCCCCCCCGUACCCUCGUCCCCCCCGCUGUGCAGAGUCUGAGUGGCUGGUUCACCGAAGACAAGGAGACGUAGAGAAAAACAGAUAUUUAUAGAGAAUGUGCCGCAGUGUUUGAGCGAAGUGAAGUCUGAGCCGCACUGGAAAAAACAGCAACUUUAGUGAUUUUGAACUGGAGCUUUAAUCCAGAGUUUGUUUAUCUGAGUUUGACAAAUCAGGAUCAUCAGGUGAUUUUAGAGACAAGAGUAAAUGUGACAUCGAUAUGGGCCAUAGAGAAAGACAAAUACAGAUCUGUCACCGGACAAAA